AUGGAGGUGAUAACGAGGUUGGUGGGGGAGAAGGCGGCGGUGAUAUUCAGCCGGAGCACGUGCGACAUGUGCCACUCCAUCAAGGCCCUCAUCAGCGGGUACGGGGCGAACCCGACCGUCUACGAGCUCGACGAGAUGGGGCCCGAAGGCGAGGCGGUGGACCGGGCGCUGGUGGAGCUGCUGGGCUGCCGGCCGAGCGUGCCGGCGGUGUUCAUCGGCCAGCGGUUCGUCGGCGGGGAGAAGCAGGUCAUGAGCCUGCAGAUCAAGAACCGCCUCGCCCCCAUGCUCAUGUCCGCCGGCGCCAUUUGGCUCUGGAACGGCCACUAA